CUAAAAGCAGGAGCUAUGUACUUGGCUACACUGACUAGUGUUGUUGAACUCUGAGACAUUUGGAAUGCAGUUCUAGUUACUCUGUUUCCUCAUUUCUGUCAAACACAUCAAACAUUAACCAACAACUUUACAGUUGGCUGACAACUGCAUUCACAAAUCACAGAGAAGAUAUAUAUACUCUACAGCACAUGACAGAAACAUGGCCGCCUACAAUGCAAAUCCACAUACUAAUAAGGUUGGGGAACUUCAAAGCCAAGUUGAUGAUGUCAAAAAUAUUAUGACACAGAACAUUGAUAGAGUUUUGGAAAGAGGAGAGCGGCUAGAUGAUUUAAUUGUUAAAACAGAUGACCUGCAAGCAACUGCUGAAUCUUUUCAGAAAACCUCAACAAAGAUUGCAAGGAAGAUGUGGUGGAAGAACACCAAGAUGAUCAUCAUCAUUGUCGUUAUAGUAGCCGUCAUCGUCCUCAUCAUCAUCCUUUUAGCGACUGGCGUCAUACCGACUUAAGAAAAACUUGCUUACUUGACUCACAGAUGGCACUUUAAACUGACCAAUGUAUAUAAAUGAAAAUCAUUGAGUAACAUUUUAUAAAAUGUAAGACAUGUGAAUGUACUGAAGUAUGGUGCAAAAGUAUUUUAAAGACUGCAUAUAAUUAAAAGCUGAUGCUGGUAUAUACAUA